UGCGAGGUUUUGAGAAAACCCGCCGCUAAGAGCUGACGAGCUCGGUGUAGACUCUCCGGAGAGCAAAGCAGGUUUGGGGAAAAGAGAAAAGGCCAAAACAAAAGAUAACACACACACACAUAGCACAGGCUUUCUGGUGCAGAGACUGUCAACAAUAAACUAAGAUAGUCAUGGGCAACAGUAUUUCUAAGAGCAUGCUCUAUAAAAACCCAGUGUGUGUCACUGGACCUAAUGUGAAUUAUAUGAGAAAUAAUUAUGGUCCUGAUUCUGUGUCACAAUUGCUGCGGUGGGUGACGGAGUGUGGCUUCCCAGAUGGCGGCAGUUUUAGCUUGAAGCAGUUAGAUUUGCUGAAAGGUAACCUGACCCAAAUGGAAAGAGAUAAUGUUGGGAAGAAGAAGAAGAGCAGGGUAGAAAUAAACUGGACAGCUUUUCACUUGUGGAAGUUAGAGGCUGAAAAAAGGUUUCAAAAAGCACAAUGUACUCCAAAGAGAGCAUCUAUACAAUAUGUACAGAAUACACAAAGUACAAUAAGUAACUCACAAAGUCUCCAGUGUCUUAAGUCUUUUUCAGAUGAUCCCGACCUGGAUGGACCGCCUCCUCGACCACGUCUGGCAGCGGCUGCGUCAUGUCAACAGGUGUGCGCAGAUCCGGAGCCAGCUCGUGUGGAGCCGAAGGAGAGUCCACUGCCUCCACCGAAGGCAGUUAAGGCUGACCCACCCUCUCCACCGAUCGCGGAUCGUACACGCCAGAAAGACAAGCAAAAGGAGACUACGGAUCUUGAACCUGUCAGAGAAGAGGCUUCGAUUCCAGAGGUCAACGAGAAACUUCAGAGUGUGAUUACAAUGCCCAUGGUGGAAGUAGCAGGGCCGGAUGGAGACCCUAUGUGAAGGAAGCACUGCCUAAGGUGACGCAAACAGAUCUGCACAGUCUCAAACCAGGUGACUGGGUGGUGGUGAAGGAUUUCAGGAGGAAAAGCUGGAGAGCCAGGCGGUGGCUGGGACCAUUUCAGGUACUUCUGACCACGCAGACUGCGGUGAAGGUUGCAGAGAGAGCAACGUGGAUUCACGUUAGCCACUGUAAGCGGGUUCCUGAGCCAGAGGAAAAACCAACACCCGACAGCUGCAAAGAGGAAUGAGAAGGGGCAUCAGGGCACACGGUGACGUGCUAGUAACCUCUCCCGUGAGCUCCAACUGACUUUCCACGACGCGUAUAGUGUCUGAGUCAGAAGAAAACCCUGAUACAACGCAGCAGCCGACACCGAGAAGGAGCAGCAUCAUCUGAAGGAGUAACAUCGACACACACACACACAUAUGAAUGUAAACACAAAUGUAAAUGAAAUUAAUGAACUGAAAGAGGUAAAUGUGAAAGACACUUACGACAGCAGAUGACGACGGCAUUACACAUUUACGACAGCCAGACUCCCAUACAAACACAAAUAUAAGACCUGACUUCUACAAUCGAUCAACAUUGAUGAGUAAAAGCUCCUGUUAAGAUGAGGAGCCUGUUUGACUAUCACCCAAGAGUUUUAGGGAUCAUUGGCAUCCUUAUGAUCUGCCUGUUAAUUAGAGGGAAUGCAGAAAAGACUUCCACCUUUGGUAGAAGUCGCAGAGACGUGCAUGAAAACACUUAUUGGCAAUUUGCCAACUACACUGCCAAAAUGAUCACAAAUGAGUCUUGUUAUGUGUGUAUGAUUCUCCCCACAGCUGCGAGUAAACACACAAUGAUCCCCAUGAAAAGUAAUGGUAGUGAAUUGAAAGCCAUAGCCCAAUACUGUAGAAAUUCUUACUGCAUGUGGAAGCAGGAUGCUUAUAGAGUCCAGAAUGGCACACAUUUGAGUCUGGUGAUAAAUUCACCGGCCUCCCUGUGGUGUGAAGCUGGAGGUCCUGGGAGGACUGAUUUAACUGGUACCACCAUAUGUCUACGAACUCUAAUGCGUGUGACAAAACGAACAUUCAAAGUAAACCAAACAAGAGUUAACACAUUUGUUGCACAGCCUCCUCCUAAAUUGAACUACACACACUGUUUUGUAGGUACAGGAAACAUACCGUUAGGUAAUAUUGCCAGCCGUAGGUGCACUCAUUUAUAUUACCCAUAUUCUGAUGACGGAACCUGCCCACAGGCAGAGUGUUCCCUCAUUCAUCCAUCUGACACCGGCACAUUACUCAGGGCUGACGACUGGUACUGGGUCUGUGGUAAAAACGUGUAUCUAGCCCUACCCCGUAACUGGGGAGGAGUAUGUACUUUAGCAAGGUUUAGGUAUCCAG